AUGUCUGCUUCUUCGAACCUGCUCAAGCUCACCAGCGGCCAGGCGUCUUCGCUCAUCGCUGUCGUCCUUUUCGCGACCAUCUCCCUGCUCGCCAUCUUCGCUGUCCUCCUCCGCUACUCAUGGGCCCCCGUCGUCGAGCGCAUCAAGGGCCGCCGUUCAAGCGACUCCGCGAUGGCGUUCUUCAACACACAACUCGGAGCAUACAUCGCGUCCCUCAUGCUGAGCAACGCGUUGAGCAGCAUCUCGUUUAUGAUCGACGCGCAGUGGUCAUCGGACAAGUCUAUCGUCGCAGGUAUUACGUGCAAUGCUCAAGGGAUUCUGGGCCAGAUGGGAGACAUGGGAGGAGCAUUCUUCACCAGUGCGAUCGCAAUCCACUCCUUCAACACGCUUGUCCUCCGCAACAAGCUUCCCGUGUGGAUCUGCCUCGCCGUCAACGUCUUCGGCUGGUUGUUCGCCAUUAUUAUGGCGGCGACGCCGACGUGGGUUAGCCCUGUUUUUGGCCCUGUCUACGGCCUUGGCGGGAUUGGAUGCGGAAUUUCCACCGAGUACCCUCUCCUGGGGACCGUGCUUCAUCUCAUUCCGCUUCUCCUGGGUUCCGUCGUCUCCGUCGUUUUCUCCUCACUAGUCUUCCUCGUCCUUCGCGGGACGUUGAACCUCAAGGAUGGCUUCAAGCUCAACGUCAACCGGUCGCACAGGUGGAGCAUGUCAAGCGUUACCACCGUUGAGUACGAGCGCUUUAUUGCGACUGUUGCUCGCAGCAUGCUGUGGUACCCAUUUGCCUACAACAUCCUUCUACUUCCCGAGAUCAUCGUGAUGCUCACCCAGGCAUCGAGCAUCAACGUUCCGUUCGAGGCACUUGUCUUCUCUGGCACCAUGGCUUCCAUGCUCGGUCUUGCCAACUCUUUGAUCCUCAUCAACACCCUUCGCAUCCUUCGUCCCUUCCUCGAGGGAAAUUUGACUGUUGGCUCGGUCGGGUCUGUGGACCGCAAGUCCAAGGAUAGCGAUAUGGAGAGCUUCUACGCGGGCGCGAAGUCGCCCGCUGGUUUCUCGCCCGACACUCCGGAGAAGGCCUACACCAAGCGCGAGAGCAAGCCCGAGUGGACGCCGCCCCCGCGUACCGCCUCAAGCAUCACAGCCAACGUCGCCCGUGGCAUCAACCGUGUCAGCCGUGGUCUGUCACUGAAGCGCAAGGAGAGCGAGCUCAACCCCUUCGUUGAGGUCGCCCGUCCGAUCACCCCGGUCGCGGAACUCAACGCGAUGCUCGCCGAGCCCGAGCCGGCCUACAAGAGGAGCCUGCCUUCAACUCCCCGCCUGCGGGCCGGUGCUCCUUCGACUGGUCUUCCCCUGCCCCGCCGCGACACGCGCUCGCCGAUCUUUCGUCAGCCUACGCUGCCCACCGAGCGUUCCCCUGUUGUGGAAGUGCCGUUUGUCUCCGUGAGCCUGAACACUCCGGAGCCUCCCAAGAAGAUGGUGCAGUUUGCGGUGCCCGCGAGCGAUACGUCCUCUGACAACGGAUCUCGUCACACUUCAAUGAGCGAGUCCCUCGUCUCGAUGUACCUCUCGCGUACUCCUGAAGCGGCCGAGAUGGACGUCCCCCCCGUCCCUCCCAAGAAGGCCCUCCCUGAGCCGCCGAAGAACCGCCGCCCGGCCCAGCUCCCGCUCUCCGCUCGCCCGUCCAUGAGCAGCACGCUCACGCCCUCGGCCUUCCCUGGGGUCCGCUCGGCGCGCCUCCCGGUGAUCACCCCGACCGAGGCCGUCGCAAGCAACGAGUGGGCCGAGCGCGUCCGCGCCGCCGCGACCCCUACGACCGCGACGCUCAAGGCCGAGCGCCGCCGCUCGCGCUCGCUCGACCUCAACGCGACGAACGGCCUUCCGCGCACGCCGGCGCGCACCCCGAUGUACGGCGACUCGCUCACCGCCGCGACCCCCCGCCGUGACGCGAGCCUGAGCGCGGUCUCCGCACGCACGGCGACGUUCGGCGCGCGCACGCCCUCCACGGCCCGCCCACCUGCGUCGGCGCGCGCGCUGCCCCUGCCCGCGACCCCGGCAGGAAGCCGCACGCCUGGGGGUUACAACUACCUCUGA